AGGAUCAGUAAUAGAUAGAUAGAUAGAUAGAUAGAUAGAUAGAUAGAUAGAAAUGGAGGGGGAAAUACCCUCUAGAGGAAAACAUUUCUUUCAGUGACUUUAGAAAGCCAACAUUUACUGCCUUCUUGUCCCACACCAAGGGAAGACAUGGAGACACCUUUGAUCUUCUUCUUCUGUCUGCUUGCUGGUGUUCAUCCUGUGGAGUCUGUAAUCCCGGUGACUCGAUAUGUAGGCCAAUCAGCAGUAAUCAGAUGUUCCUAUGAAAAUAAAUAUGGAAGCAAGUCCAAGUACCUCUGCAGAGGGUCAUGUCCUGUCAUUGUAGGUAAAGACAUUCCAAUCAGGACUGAAGCAGGUCAGACCCAUGCCACCAAAGGGAGAUUCUCUCUGCAUGAUGACACCACUGCUGGAGUCUUCUCUGUGACCAUCACUGGACUGACUGCAGAGGAUUCUGGACAGUACUGGUGUGGGAUUACAACAGGACUUGGACUCACUGAUGUGUUUACUGAAGUGGAGUUAAAUGUUAUAAAAGAGUCCUCUCCCUCCCCAAAGCUGAUCCAGAUUUCUGCACCGUCUCCGGUGUUGCCCUCAUCCACGUCUCCUUCUGGGUUCACUGCAGUAGAGCAGAGUGGUGCACCAGAAUAUUCUACUGAGACACUUCCCAACAGAGAAUCUGCACUUACCCUGACCUACUGGACUGUACGUGUGACCAUCAUCUUGUCAGUGUUGGUACUGGCUGCUGUCUGCUUUAAAACUUGCUACAGGAAAACCAACAGCCCUCAUGUGUCUGAAGAAAGAAAUCCAUGUGAUUCCACCCAAGUGAACAGCACUGGCAUCAUUGGACAUUCUGGUGAAGGCACAGCUGAAACGGUCUCAACCUCUGUGCUCUAAGACUACAGCACCCAUAAUGCAAUGUGUUUACAGUUUUUCUCAAAUGCUAAAACACAAAAGCCAAUCCUCUAAACCAAAUGACCAGUUGUCUAAACACAUUUACUAAAUCUAGCCACAAUUUUUCAAUACCAUAAACACAUUUCACAUGAAGACACAAUUCUCAAAACACAAUCCUCCGUUCUCAUAAAUCUAAGCACAUUUUUCCUUGCUAAAACACAUGUUGCAAAACAUAUUCUCAAAUGAAAGCUCAUGUGAUGCAAAAUUCUUGCCACAGUCAGCAAUAACUGAACACAAUGAACA